AUGGCAUGGCAAUGCAGCGGCGAAACAAACACCGAGUUAAUAACAAACCUCUACAACAACAACCUCAUCACCGAACCCCGGAUCCGAGACGCAAUGCUCAAUGUCGACCGCGCCCACUACGCCCCGACAUCGCCCUACACAGAUUCCCCUCAACCCAUUGGCCACGCUGCUACUAUAUCAGCACCACACAUGCACGCCUCCGCCGCCUCGGCCCUCCUCCCCUUCCUGUACCCCGGCGCAAGAGUCCUGGAUAUAGGCUCCGGGAGCGGGUAUCUGACGGCUGUGUUUGCGGAGCUGGUUUGUGCGGACGGAAAGGGGAAGGUGGUGGGGUUGGAACAUAUUGAGGCGUUGAGGGAGCUUGGGGAGGGGAAUAUACGGAAGGGUGAGAGGGGGAAAGCGUACUUGGAGGGAGGGGGGGUGGAGUUUGUUAGGGGGGAUGGGCGGAGGGGUUGGAAGGGGAAGGGAGGGGGAGAUGGGGAGGGGUGGGAUGGUAUUCACGUCGGAGCCGCAGCCGUAGAAUUACACGAAGAAUUAAUCGAGCAAUUGAAAGCGCCGGGACGGAUUUUCAUCCCCGUAGAAGACUCCCGAGGAGACCAGUACAUCUGGAUCGUAGAUAAAGAUAAAGAGGGCAAGGUGACGAAGAAGAGGAGUAUGGGCGUUCGAUAUGUGCCGUUGACUGAUGCGCCUGUUUGA